ACGAAAUCCGCUCUAUUGCAUAAAUGCGUGACCGUCUCAGUCAUUGCUGCAUAAGCURCAUUGUCAAAAGCUCCUAAAAAGCCAGAUUUCAUAAAAUGUGAACCCAUUUUUCACUGCUUUCAUAUUUGCGCAGCUCGCUGUUUUAGCGCUGGGACUGGUGGGUAGUGAGUCGRUAAGUGAUCAGUAUCAUUGCAAAGCAAGGGAUUAGACAUCACAACAAAGCAUGAAAUCACGAUCCAUGGUAUGUUUCUUAUGAUAAGGAAUCAACGAGUUGAAAUAGGCUGGGAUCAGAGAUCAGCAGUUCUGGACCAAUUAAAUGUACACACAGCCGUGGGGUUAGCAUACCACUGUUACCAUAUACCAGAGUGCAACAAUACUUUUACCCUUGGCGCUGUUUACUCAGCGUGUAAUUAUACUUGCAAAUCACAUGUGAUCAACCACUGUAUUACCAUAGUGACAUAGUGUCUUCGUCAACUCCAGCCAUGGUAAAACUACUCGUAGGAGCUGGUAAAAAUGGCACUCGGUUAGUUUAGGUACACAAAACACUAUAACACAAAAUGUAAAAAUGAGAACGUUUGUAUGAGGAAAUUAAGAUUGAACAAGGAGUCUUCCUGAUAAACAUGGUGAACCACCAUACGUACUGAGGUGAUCUAGCAAACUGAUAGCAAUUAAUCGUUAUGAUUACUCAAUAAUUGAUCAUGGGAAUACGCAAUGGUAAACUAUUAGAACCAAUCCGGCUUGAUGAGCAGCUUGACAUACAGAGCCUUGAGGAGCUUAUGUACAGAUUCAAAACUCAUUUGUCAAACAAAAAUGCCAUAAAAACAUGGAAAGCGCGUAGAGGAUCACGGGCAAUCGUGGGUUCUUCUCACCUGACAGGUUUGAUGACAUUGGAGGAGUUUCGUAAUACAUUGGCUGAGCUGCUCAAUGUUGACAGCUGGGACAGCGAAAGAGCUGUCGUGUUUGAGCAAGAGAUGGAGACACUCUUCAAAAAGGUUGACUUAGCGUCAGAUGGUCUAGUGGACUGGGAUGAGUUCUGUACAUACAUGAUGAUACAGUUUAAAGAUCAUGAUGACACUACCAAAUAUGGCAAAUCAUUUUCACCUAAGCUGAAUAUCACAAGAAUUGCGCACAAUAAAGAGACGACUACAAGGAUCUUGAGAGACUUCAACCCAAUGAGAUACGUCACAGUCAGCAAGGAAGGCAUCAUUGGUGUGUGGAGUACCGAGUUGGAACUUCAACGCAGCAUCGAGAUUGAGGAACGCAGUGCGCAAGACAAAGCGAGCAAUAAACGACACAUCAAGAUGUGGGUUACUGAUGCUGUUACUAUGAACAACGUACAUAAACUCGUCGUUGCAACUACAAACAUGGACUUGCAUUUCUACGACAUGUCGACUCCUAUUUAUACACCACAGUACCAUCUUUGUGCUAUUGGUAAUGUACCACUCUGUCUUAACUACUACUAUGACAAAAAGUCACCAGCAGGCCGCUCGAUGCUGUUCUUUGGUACUGACAAUGGUUCCGUUCAUGUCCUUAUAUUUAGUACCCCUGUUAAAGGUCUCUUUGAGACGCCAUUUAAAAAGAACUCUGGAAGUCAUAAGAUAUUUUUUCAGGAUAUCUCUGUCCAUUGGCGGUUUGUUAGUCAUCUUCCACUUGGAGCGAUACACAGCGACUGGGUUCGUAGAGUACAGUACGUAUCUAUCAAGGAAUUUGUCAUAUCGUGUAGUGGAAGCGCUAGAGAUUCGUUAGUCGUUAGAGAUGUUGACGAUAAGAAAAGAAAAACUUACGUCUUUAAAGUAGCAAAGGGCAUCGAUUGCUUUGAUUAUAAUCAUGAUUUAAACGUCAUUGUCACUGGUGGAGUUGAUCACGCUGUACGAGUAUGGAAUCCUUAUGUCACCAGUAAGCCAGUAGCCAUUAUGAAAGGACAUCAAUCAUCUAUUGUCGAUCUCAUUAUCCACCAAGCUCUUGGACAAGUUUUCAGCUUUGAUAAAGAUGGAAUUUUAAAGUGUUGGGACAUCAAAGAACAAUUAUGCAUCCAAAGCCUUGCUAUACGGGAUCCCUUUGGUCACCGAGUCCCUGAGCAUGGACCGUUUCCCUUCUGUUUGAUUGGAAGCCCGGUCAACUCUUUACUCAUUGCCAGUAAUGACAUCCUGAUUGAAGUUAAACUUUUAGGGCUGGGUAUAACUAAGGCAAUCAAGACAACUCACGCCAAAGCAUUAUGUGCUGCGGUUUAUAAUGAAAAAAUUGGACAGGUAAUAACGGGCUGUGAGGGCUCUGUUAUCUGUUUCUGGGAUAUAGCAACAGGUCGUAAAGCUCUGCAAAUCCCUGAGGCUCAUGGAGGUGAAGAAAUCUCUUGUUUACAUCUGGAUAAAAAAGACAGCAGGCUGAUGACUGGGGCGAGAGAUGGUUCAAUACACGUAUGGAAUGCUAACAAUGGACAUUUACUGAACAAACUAGCUCCUUUAGAGGAAGCAGAAGUCACGGGUAUCAUAUCAUUCCCAGCCAAGCAAAAGAUACUGACAGUAGGCUGGCAUCGUAAAAUUAUCAGCUACAAUGAUGACCGACAGACAUUCGUUAUCAGACCAGACGUAUGCUGGAAGGGAGGCCAGGUUCAUCAGGAUGACAUAUUAACUAGCGCAUACUGCCCACCCCACUUCUUAGCUACGGCCAGUUUUGACGGAGACAUUAUUCUUUGGGGAUUGGACAGAGAAAAAAUGAUAAGAAUUUUGAAAAAAGGAUCUAAGAGUUUAUUUAAAUCAAAGAUCAUGAAAGUAGGUCUUCUAGGUCAACGUGAACGAAGAUUGAGUCGUGCUCAAGCCCAGCUAACUGCCAAGAAAGACUACUCACCUAUUGAUAAACUACUUUUUCUGACAACGCGAGCACAAAACAGAGCACAGGAAAGUGCGACGUUAAUUUCAUCAGAGAGCGGAGUACUGGAGUUUUGGUGUUUAUACGGAACCGCAAAACCAAUGGGAAGGUUUUAUGCUGGCGAGGAAGAGAAUGCGUUUGUUCUUGCCAUGGCGACGGACACUAGUAACGACUUGCUUGUAACAGGUGAUUCUACAGGACGAAUAACGAUAUGGGACAUAAGUUCUUAUUGCAUUUCACGGACUGAGUCCAUUAUUGCCCAGGUCUGGUCUACAACUCAGCGAAUGUCAAGUUUUGACGAUAGUCCUGAACCSUCUCCCCCAAGAAUGAUGUCUUGGCAUGCGCAUAAUGCUGCUAUAGUCAGUAUUGAAGUCGUUCCGUAUGGAGAUAACACGUUUCUGCUCUCUGCUUCAAGUGACUGUACGUCAAGGUUGUGGUCACUGAAAGGAGAAUAUGUUGGCAUGUUUGGUCAGAAAGUAUUAUGGGACAUCGACGAAAGUAGUUCGUACAAACACACCGGAUUCCCGUGGAAUGAAGCACAGAUGGCAGACUGUGAUAGGAGUACAGUGUGCGGCUCACCAACACGAAGCACCCACGAUGAAGUACAUGUCACCAUAACAACGAAUGGUGGCGAAUCGUCACCAAUGGAAAUCUCACGUGAAGACCUGACAAGAAACUCACCGGUUGAAAAAGAAGGGAGAUUUUUACCAACGCUGCAGUCGGACGUCAAGCAAGACAGUGACCAAAAUUCUGAUAUUCAUAGAUCAAGGACUAGUUUAAUUCUUGACAGAAAACCACCUGAUAGUUGGUCCAUGCUAGGUCACAAGUACAACGAUGACUUUCGACAAAGGAUGAAAACUCGUCAAUCAAGACGUACCUUCAUGGGAUAUGUAGAUCGCAAAUUGACUAGUGGAGCAGGUGUUGGGAAUCAUUGUUCUCCCUUCCAAGCACUGUACAUUCCGGAAACUCAGGAUUUUAAGAUACCGAGUGAAUUACCAGUUACAAAGCGCAUGCUUCGAAAGGCUGCAAAGAUGAAUGCUGACACAUUUCCCGUUGGUGUAAACCAAAGUUUGUUACCAGUACUCCCUGCUAUAAAACGAUCUGAAAGUUUAAAUACUGUCAACUCUUUCAAUAAAGAAUCGCAUGUGCAGAGUUCAGAUAAUGCAUCACAAUUCUCGUUUAUAGCAGAGCAAAACUAAUAAUUAUGGAGCAAUGCACAUUUAGAAGAUAAAACAGAGACAAAUUGAAAACAAAAGAUUGAUAUUUUUAUUUAACAAUUGUAAAAAUUUAGUAUACAUCUUAUUUAUUUCAAUAAAAGAUAUCUCAUGUCUGA